GAGGAAGAAACUCUUUCUCAGGGAAGGGUGCUCCGAAAAAGAAGUCAAAUAAAUUAUGCUGAAUCAGACGCAGAAACGAAUUCGGAUUCAGAUUACGUUAUAAAAGGAAAAUCAAAAAAGAGGGUGAAGAGGCAAGGAAAAGUGAGCCAUGUUAAUAUUUCGGAAGAAACAUCGAAGCCUUUCCAGGAACAACAAACCAUAACAUCAUUAGGCAUGGAAGAUAUUAUUACUUUGCGUCAAUGUCCAUUAAUUCGAUCAGCAGAUCAAGCUUCAAAUCUAACACCAAACAAACCCAUUGUAACGAGAAUGAUGUAUGAUGAAUAUUUCCCAUACUUGAUUUGCGCGUUCAACAACACAAUAAAUUACCUUAAGGAAACAACUGAAAAUAAAACCUUUAUGGAAAUAAAAAAGAUACAGAAAAUGAAUGACCAACUAAUCUUGCAGGAAUCUUUUAUUAGAAAGCUGGAAGUAAUAUUCGAAACUGAUUACAGCAAAAUCGAAUCAAAAAUCAUUGAGGAGACAACAAUUAAAGAUGGCGAUCAGACAGAGGAUGCGAGAUUUAACUUUUUUAUUCGGUACACACUGCUAGAUUUUGCUGCAAAUUUUAGGUAUAAGAUUCCGAGAGUUUUGGACUGUGACAUGUCUGAGCGAACCUUCAUUGUUGAAUGUUUAUCUCCAAUUUUUCGUGCAUUUCGAAAUGCGUUUCCGGAUAUCAAAUAUGGGUGGAUCGAGAAAGAUGUUACCUCAAUAAAGGUGACCAAUAAUAUGUUUGAAUAUGAUAUUAGUUCACGAAAAGUAGACUUACUUAUUCAACGUUUAUCAGACAAUAUGGAAGUGAUGAACACUGAAGUUUCAGGAUCACCAUUCAAAACUGCACAACCACACGCAGUUGGAGACAUAAAAAAAUUGUUGAUGAUGUCUGUCUGCAAUCUCUGCCAAUUGUUUCGCAGUAAUCUAGAUUGUAGCGUCAAAGAUGCCAAAGGAGUACGGACCUACAGUAUUCAGGUUAUUGGUGACCGUCUUACAUUAUUUUCUGUUUCCCUUAUAGACCGAAAGAAAUACUUGGCAAUAGAGCUGGCUACUUGUAUAAUCCCUUUUUCAUUUGAUUCCAUUUCGCAUUUUACAAAAAUCUUCAGUUUCUUCAAAACCAUUCGAAAUGAAUUUAAGGAACAAGAAAAGUUACGAAAAAAAAUAUCCAAUCCAGCUGACAACAUUACUGAAAGGGUACGAGACUGGCUUUUUUUACCCGAUGACGCCUUCUUUUAUGACUUAAAGACUUUGCCAGAGGAUAUAGACGAAGGUUAUGAUAUGAUUGCUACUUGA